AUGCAUAGGCAGCAACGAUUGCCCAAGCGCAAUCUCGAGGGGUUUGUGAUCGACAGCGACGAUGAGGACGAGGAAUGGCAGAGCGAUUGCCACGACACGAGCGCAGGAGGCGGCGUCGGUGGGCAGAGGGCGGAUGAGAUAGCAACCUAUGGAGAGCUUGCCUCGUUCCUCGUCCCAUCAGCCGGCACUGAUGGAAACGGCGACAGAGAACGCGCACUGGAGCUCAAAUUCUUCGAGGACGUGUUGCGAUUUCAAGAGGAGAGGCUGCGAAUCUUGAGGCGCUACCACACGGGCAAGAUGGCACUUGCUUCGCCCGAAAGGGCUUUUGCCCUCGCAGCCAAGCUCGAUUCGCUCUUCUCCUUCGAGAAUCUUGUUCACGUCUUCGAAGAUGUGGAAGAAAUGGCUGCCACGCGGCCACGAACCGCCCUGCAGCGACCUCCACCAGUCUCAUCUUCCACCUACUCAUCCAGCACUCCCUCUCCAACACAACCCUCAUCCACCGCUACUUCAUCAAUCGAUUAUCGACGUCACAGCACCAGCACCGACAGAGACCCGCGCCAGCACCGAGGACGGCGACGAACUGCCAAGAAGAGCGUGCAGCGAUUCGAUCAGCUGUUGCAGGACCUCAAGAACGGGCGACGCGAGGACCGCACUCGCGCCCAUCUGCGACGCGACGAGCACUACGGCGCGCUCCAGACCCGGGUGGGCGGCCAGCUCGACGCCUCGCAGCAGCGCACUGGGGUAUGGUCUCUCCGCACCUGUUGCGCCUUCGCCAUCUUCGAUCACGCCCUCGACGAACGCAGCGAGUACUCUGGCGUUCUGCCCACCGAGCUCAACGACUACGUCAACGUCGUCGCCUUCCUCCGACGCUUCCUCCGGGUUCGCUGGCACUCGCUCGCCUCGCGCCUGGCCCCGCGCAAGCCCAGCGCUGGACCUGGCGCCGGCGGUAGCACGAUCAGCGGCGCGUCGGUGGGUGGUGCGGCUCCUGCCGGCGGGGCAGCCGCGGCGGCGGCGGCAGGGCUGGCGACGCUCCUGGGCGACUCGGCCGACGGCGGCGAUGGAGGAGAACGCGGCGAUGGGACGGACGACGCAGACGACGACGAGGAGCGACGAGUGCUCGAGAUCGUCGCCACGUUCGAGCUCGUGCCCGAGGGAAUCACGUUCACUGUCAGGCAUUCGCCACCACGAGGCAACAUCGUGGAGGACAUCGCGAUCACGUGCUUCGGGGAGGACUUCAUAGAGUGCAGUCCCGGUCACUCCAAGGGCGCGCUGCUCUUUUCGUGCAACGCCAGACACGUUGCCGGGCUGGCGCAGGACAAGUUCGCCUCCAAGUAUAUGACCACUCUCACCAAGAGCCUCCAGACGCCAAAAGGCGUUCGCGAUACGGAUCUCCUGUACCUCAUCUUGUCGAUCUACGAAUCGGGCAGCGACUACCCUUCCCUCACGUCCGGUCUCGUUCAAGCGCUGAAGCAGAAACUGGCAUCGUUCACCGCCGUCGUCGCCCUCGACCAGUGA